CAAACCGUUUCUGGGUUGUUACACACACAAACACCUCCAGACUGUUCCCCAAACCGUUCCUGGGCUGUUACACACACAAACAUCUCCAGACUGAUCCCCAAACCAUUUCUGGGUUGUUCCCCAAACCGUUUCUGGGCUGUUACACACACAAACAUCUCCAGACUGAUCCCCAAACCGUUUCUGGGCUGUUACACACACAAACACCUCCAGACUGAUCCCCAAACCGUUUCUGGGCUGUUACACACACAAACACCUCCAGACUGAUCCCCAAACCAUUUCUGGGCUGUUCCUGCAGGCCAAGGCCCCAAGCUGAUCAAGAUCUUCAUCAACCUGCCGCGCUCGAUGGACUUUGAGGAGGCGGAGCGCAGCGAGCCCACGCAGGCGCUGCAGCUGGGCCCCGAGGACAUCCGCGAGGACGGGAUCAUCCAGCUGCGCUACGUCAAGUUCCAGAACGUCAACAGCGUCACCCUGUUCGUGCAGUCCAACCACGGCGACGAGGAGACGACGAUCAUCUCGUACUUCACCUUCAUCGGCACCCCGGUGCAGGCCACCAACAUGAACGACUUCAAACGCGUCAGUGACCCGCAAACGGGAACGCUAUCCCGGAAUUCCCGGGAUCUGCUGCGGGGUAGUUGGGAAGAAAGGAGAGAGCCACUAGGAAUCAAAGCCUCAUCCCGCUGCGAGAUUCCCACUUUUCCGACUCCUGGAUAACGGCUCGGCCCUCCCAGGGACUCUCACUUGGAUUUCCCGCCAUUCCCAAUAAAUCAUCGCUCCCAGCUGGAAUGUUUUCCCUGGAUUUGUAAAUAAAAUUCCCGAUUUUUUUUUGCCAAGCGGAAUAAUUUCGUUAUUCCA